AUGCAGCUGCUGCUGCUCUGGCUAAAGGUGCUAAUUUUUCACAGUGGAUGUUCACAAGUUAUAGACUCUCAAGAGAAAGGUAGACCAGAAGUAAUGAUACCCUUGAAGAUAACAGACUCUGACAGUAGCAUGAAGUCUUCAGAGUGGGUCUCUUACAGCAUGAAGCUUGAUGGCCUUAGAGAAGUUGUCCACAUAAAAGUCAUUAAACAUUUGUUGGCCAGGAAUAUGCCAGUGUUCACCUACACUGAUCAGGGUACUCUCCAUCAGGAACAUCCUUUCAUCCAGAGCAACUGCUAUUAUUAUGGCUAUCUGGAAGGGGACCCAUUCUCCCAUGUUUCCCUCGAUACCUGUUUUGGGGGAUUUCAAGGAAUUUUACAGAAAAGCAACACUGUUUAUAAAAUCGAGCCAAACUUAAAUUCAACCACAUUUGAACAUCUGGUAUAUAAGCUAGUCAGUGAGAAAAAAGAGUUUCAAGCCAGGAGAUUUGGAUUAACAGAUGAAGAAUCUCAAUGGGAAUUCAAGAUUAAAAGUAAUGACCAGUUAAUCCCUUCUGAGCAGAGUGAAGGUAUGGGCUGGUGGACCCACAAACGAUAUCUUAAAUUAGCACUUAUAGUUGGUCAUUUAUUGUAUCAUGAUUAUAAAUCUAAUGUCACUUUGACACUUUCUUCAGUAGUGUCUUUACUCAGCAGGGUAAAUAAAAAUUAUGUCCAAUUGGAUUUAGCACUCAUUUUAAUGGGACUUGAAAUCUGGACUGAUAAGCGUCAUUUCUUUUAUAGCCGAGAGAGAGAGACAAUUAUAUAUUUUUUUGAACAUUGGAAGUUAAUGACUUUGAACAUACGUAUCACACAUAAUGUUGCAAUAUUGCUUUGCCAUAUAGAGAAUCAGUCAUUUGAUUACUAUGCUGUUUCAAACAUUGCAUGUGAACCUAGUUAUAAUGUGGCUAUAGUUCAGAUCAGGAAAGAGAACAGCAUCGAUCAUUCUGCAUUUAUGUUCACAAGAGCAGUUGGUCUUUGCCUUGGUAUUAAUUUAGAUAAUGAGACCUGCGUAUGUGGGCUCUUGGGCGAUUGGUGUAUUAUGAAUAAAGGAAACAUAUUUUCAGUUUUGUUCAGUAACUGCAGCUACAGUGAUUAUUAUAACACAGAUCUACGUUGUCUUUCAAGUCCACCACCAACAGAGGAAAUUAAAGGACUGAUACGCUGUGGGAAUAGUAAGCUUGAAGAAGGAGAAGAUUGUGACUGUGGCACCAUUAGUUCUUGUGCAAAUGAUCCAUGUUGUGAGGCAAAUUGCAAACUGGCACUGGGGGCUUUUUGUGCUUAUGGGCAUUGUUGCAAGAAAUGCAAGUUUUUGCCAGCAGGUACAUUGUGUAGAGAAGUGGAAAGUGAAUGCGAUCUUCCAGAGUGGUGCAAUGGAACCUACCAUGAGUGCCCUGAAGAUGUUUAUGUGCAGGGUGGAAUCUCGUGCAAAGGCGGUGGAUUUUGUUAUGGAAAGAGAUGCAAAAACCGUGAAGAACAGUGCAGAGGCAUUUUUGGAAACCAAGCUAAGAGUGCAAGUCUUACUUGCUACGUAGACGUCAAUAAUCGAGGUGACCGUUUUGGUAAUUGUGGUUAUAAUGCUACUUUAUAUAAACCAUGCCCUAUUAAGGAUUCUUUGUGUGGAAGGAUUCAGUGUGAGAAUAUAGAGACAAUUUCUAUUCUGCAAGAUCACAUUACCCUUAUUUCAACUAAUAUUAAUGGUCGCCAUUGCUGGGGUGUUGACUACCAUUAUGGGGCAUACACACCUGAUGUUGGUGAAGUUGAAGAAGGUACUGAAUGUGGAGAAAAUCACGUUUGUGUUGAAAAACAAUGUAUCCAUACAUCAUACUUCACAAAACGUUGUGAUCCUCUGAAAUGCAAUCUCCGUGGAAUCUGCAACAAUCGACAUCACUGCCACUGCAAUCCUGCUUGGGGGCCACCCUAUUGCUAUGAAAUGGGUAUGGGGGGAAGUAUUGACAGUGGCCCACCACCUGCAAGUUAUUUUUCUGAGGCUCAAAACUCAUCUCUGUUUGAAGUUUUACCCACUAAUUUUGAUCUUCUUCUGCAAUUGCGUGUAAUCAUUUUUUUACUGGUUUUCAUUGUUCUAGUGAUAAAAGCAAUUAUCCGUAGAGGAGAUUAUUUCAGCAUUUUCUGUAGAAGAAAUGUUCAAUCACAAUCCUAG